AUGUUGAUGUGCUGUGAGAAGCAGCAUACUUGGGUACUUUUGAGAAUUGAGAAUGUGGUUUCAUAUUAUGUUAUAUUAGGCAAAUGUCAUUCAAUUCCAUGUUUCAAUGCCAUUGACACCUUGUCCAAUUCUCUGCCUAUUUUUGCAGGGCCUUUUAUUUUUCCUCUAUCAUCGUCAGACAUGUGGAGAUUCAAACAGUUCAUGCCCAAAGAACAAAAUGGGCUUGAAGGUCGCAGUAUUGACAUUGGCGAUCUGAAAGUUCAUGUUCGCAAUGUCAUUGCUGAGGGUGGAUUCUCAUGCGUUUACUUAGCUCGAGAAGCAAUACAUGGUUCAAAGCAAUAUGCUUUAAAGCACAUCAUAUGUAAUGAUGAAGAAUCUCUGGAACUGGUAAUGAAAGAAAUCAGGGUGAUGAAAUUGCUCAAGGGACACCCUAAUGUUGUCACUCUUCAUUCCCAUACCAUUUUUGAUACGGGUCGUACAAAAGAAGCUCUUCUUGUUAUGGAAUACUGUGAAAAGUCUCUUGUUAGUGUGCUGGAGAGCAGAGGAGCUGGGUACUUUGAGGAGAAACAGAUCCUUACAAUCUUCAGAGAUGUCUGCAAUGCUGUCUUUGCUAUGCACUGCCAGUCCCCACCCAUUGCUCAUCGGGACUUGAAGGCUGAGAAUCUUUUGCUGGGUUCCGAUGGACUAUGGAAGUUGUGUGAUUUUGGUAGUACCUCCACCAAUCACAAGCGCUUUGAGAAACCUGAAGAAAUGGGCGUUGAGGAAGACAAUAUCAGGAAGCACACAACGCCUGCCUAUAGAGCCCCUGAGAUGUGGGAUUUAUUACGACGAGAACUUAUAAACGAGAAGGUGGAUAUUUGGGCCCUUGGUUGUCUUCUCUUUCGCAUAUGCUACUUCAAGUCUGCAUUUGAUGGUGAAUCGAAGCUACAGAUUUUAAAUGGGAAUUAUCGCAUUCCAGACAUGCCAAAGUACAGCACAUCAGUUACAGACCUCCUCAACGACAUGCUUCAAUCUUCACCGGAUGCCAGGCCAGAUAUCACCCAGGCAAGCGUUUUGCUUGAUAGGCCAUUCAUCUCCAUGAACUUAGGCAUGGUUUCGUGUUAA